GGGAAGAACCUGGGAAUGAUGUCUUUUAGAGGAAUGUAGAGGAUAUCAGGACUUAAAUAGCAGAAGUCAUAGAAAGCUCACACAGAGCUCAUUUGGUUGGUCUUGCAGGAUGGGGAAGAUGGGACUUUUGAGAGUAAUGCAUACAGAGGAGGUCAGUGUCAUAGGAUUUAAGUGGGAAAUAGACUUCAUGAAAAAUUAAGCUAGAGGUCAUUUGUGUCUUAUUUUGGCCUAAAAUCUUUCUUAUUCUGCCCUUGCCCUGAGAAAUUGAGUGAGGUAAAAUUAAAAAGUAAUGGGGCUGAUUUCUUAGAUGGAAUAUUGAAUCUGUUGGAUGCUUAUUACUGAUGACUCAUUCAGAUCUACAGUGAAGAAAAACAACAAGUUGGGCAGAAAUAAAUGACAACAAAAGGUAGUUUCAGACGGCAGUCAUGUGCUGAAACAGAGGCAGGGAUUUUCAAGGAGAUCACCAUUAAAGAGAAGGCCCUUUUUCUACAGUGGAAGCCUAACUAGGUUCUGUAAUGACAGCAGGUUAAGCCUUCAAUUAAUGGAAGGAUUAGACAAAGUGAUUCCUAUCACCCAGAAUCAGCUUCAUAUAAAACCUGCUGCAGCUGUAGUCCAGUCUCUGCAAGGUCCAUCUCAAUUAAGAAGCCAAACUUGUGCUGGCUCUGGAAACAAGAAAGAAUCAAAAUUUCAGGUCUUAGAUUCCUGGUCUGUGGUUUCAGUUUGGCAUUCUUACAGUCAUCUAUGGUUGGCAGAGUCAUUGGCCCAGUGAGGAUCCUGUGAAAGUUCAUUGUUUGAAGCUUUGAGCAUGAAGCCUGGGUUGCAUUUGGAGAUCACAGGAUGUUGAGAUACCAAAGCUGUGAGACAUCUGCCAUGGAGAGCUGCAUAUAGGGAAUGGAAGUAGCCAAAGAGAUAUAUGAGAAAUUUCAGGAAAAUGAGACACCUAAGCUUUGAAACGGAAGCCCCAUAUGUCUGAGACAGAACUGUAAGAUUAGGUGUUUGCCCUACUGAUUUUCAGUCUUGCCUUGGUCCAGUCUUCCCUCACUGUGUUCCAGUUCAUCUAUGGGAAUGGGAAUGGAUAUUCUGUGCCAGUGUAUGUUGGAAAGAUGUAACAUGUUUUCUGAUUUUACAAGCUAACAGUCAAGUGGUAACCUUAAGUGUCCAAAGAGACCUUGAACAUUUGAAAGGGUAGGUUCUGUUGAAGACUAUGAGGAUCAUUGAAGGUAGACUAAAUGCAUUUAGAUCAUGGGGUGACCAUAAGCCUAUAAUGACUUUGGUCAGAAUGUAUUCAUUUGAAUUAAAACCCACCCAGAUAGGAUGAUGUAUUUGAAUACUUGUCUCUCUAUAGUGGCUCUCUUUUGGGUGCUUGUGGAAUUUUUAGUAGGAGAAGUCUUUCUGAAUGAAAUUCCUCAUUAGGGGAGGGAUUUGAGUGUCUUUAGCAUCAACCCAUUUCCUAUGCAGCUGUACCCCCAACCCAAGCAACAACCCCCACAGUGAGCAAGACAUCAGACACAUACCACAGAACAGCUACACAGACACCUUCCCAGUCACAGCAGACAGUUUCUGAUGUUAUUAGCAUGCUUCUAGGUACAACUCCAUUGCCACCAAAGUCCACCAACAUUGGAAUGGGAUUGUUUUACUCUCCAGGCCUCAGAGAAACAAAUAGGAUCACGACAACACCUUCAACACCAUUAAGCACACCAGAGGAUACCAUCCCAUCAUCUGGAACUGGGACACCCACUCUUCCUGAGAAGUCAGCUUUAACUCCACUCUCACUAACACUAGACAAAGUCACUGACACAAACAAACUUUACCCAUGACAAGUUUGGCAGUUACAAACACCUCUUCACCAACCACAGCCACCCUGAGGAAAACUGUUCACAGCAAAGUCCUAUCUGAGACUCAGGAAAAUGACACUGCAACUGUUUCCCCAACCCCAACAACAAUGUCCACAAUGAGCAAGCCACCAGACCCACACCACAGCACAGUCAUGCAGACAUCUUCCCAGCCAGCACAGGCACUGGUAUAGCCCAGUCACCUGAGUAUUCCACAGCCCUUGUCCUUAGCUCAUGUUCUUUGUGACUGGCUGUCAUGUCUUAUACCACUGCUAUACAUGGUAUCACUAAAUCCUGUAAGAUAUAGUUGAAACAAUUGAUAUUCAGUGCUAACCUGAGUUUUUGUAACCUGAGUUUUUGUCAAUUUUGUUGUUUUUGUUUUGAAGGCAAGGUUUUUCUGUGUAGCCCUGGUUGUCCUGUAAGUAGCUGUAUAAACCAGGCUGGCCUGAACUCAGAGAUCCAAAUUACUCUGGCUUCCAUGUCUUAUGAUUAAAUGUGGGCCAUCAUCCCUGGGUCUUUUUGUUUUUAUAUUAUUGUGUGAUGGGCCACCAACACUGGAAUGGGAUCAUUUUACUCUCCAGGCCUCAGAGAAACAAAUAGGAUCACGACAACACCCAUACAUGUGUACAACAGAAAGUGUGAUACUGGGAGGAGUGGACUUGGCAGGAUUCUUCCCAGAAGAAUCUCUACAAAGAUGUGAUGCAAGACACAAGUACUGCAGUGACCUAUGAUGAUGUGCAUAUCAACUUCACUUGGGAGGAGUGGACUUUGCUGGAUUCUUCCCAGAAGAAUCUCUACAAAGAUGUGAUGCAAGAGACCUACAAGAGCCUCACUGCUAUAGGCUACAGUUGGGAAGACCAUAAUAUUGAAGAACAUUGUCAAAGUUCUGGAAGAAAUGGAAGGUACAUAAAUUAUCAUACUGGAGAGAAAGCCUCUAUAUUUACUCAGUGUGCAAAAGCCUUUUCAUAUCACAGUCAUCUUCAGAAGCAAGGAAGUAUUCAUACUGAAGAGAAGCCCUAUGAUUGUAUUCAAUAUCCUGAAGCCUUUGCACACAACAGUAGUCUCCAAAUACAUAAAGAAACAUGUACUGGAAAGAAAACCAAUGAAAGUAAUCAGUGUGGUAAAGCUUUUCCAAGUCAUGAUCAUCUUCAAAUAUAUAAAAGAACACAUACUGGAGAGAAACCCUAUGAAUGUUCUGAGUCUGGUAAAGCCUUUUUAUGUGCCAGUAGUCUCCAAAGAUACAAAGGAACACAUACAAGAGAGAAACCCUAUGAAUAUAGUCAAUGUGGUAAAGGAAUUGCAUAUGUCAGUAAUCUCCAAAUACAUGAAAGAACACAUGCUGGAGAGAAACCCUACAGAUGUAAUCAAUGUGAUAAAGCCUUUUCGCAACACAGUCAUCUUCAAAUUCAUGAAAGAACACAUUCUGGAGAGAAACCCUACAAAUGUAAUCAAUGUGGUAAAGCCUUUGCACAACACAAUGCUCUCCUUAUACAUAGAAGAACACAUUCCGGAGAAAAACCUUACAUAUGUAAUCAAUGUGAUAAAGCCUUUUCACAACACAGUCACCUUCAAAUGCAUGAACGAACACAUUCUGGAGAGAAACCCUACAAAUGUAAUCAAUGUGAUAAAGCCUUUGCACAACACAAUGCUCUCCUAAUACAUAAAAGAACACAUUCUGGAGAGAAACCCUACAUAUGUUAUCAAUGUGGUAAAGCAUUUGCAUGUGCCAGUAGUCUCCGAAUACAUGAAAGGACACAUUCUGGAGAGAAACCUUACAAAUGUAAUCAGUGUGAUAAAGCCUUUUCACAACACAAUGCUCUCCAAAUACAUAAAAGAAUACAUUCUGGAGAGAAACCCUACAAAUGUAAUCAAUGUGAUAAAGCCUUUGCAUGUGCCAGUAGUCUCCAAAUACAUGAAAGAACACAUACUGGAGAGAAACCCUACAAAUGUAAUCAAUGUGAUAAAGCCUUUUCACAACACAGUCAUCUUCAUAUGCAUGAAAGAACACAUUCUGGAGAGAAACCCUAUAAAUGUAACCAAUGUGGUAAAGCCUUUUCACAACACAAUGCUCUCCUAAUACAUGAAAGAACACAUUCUGGAGAGAAACCCUACAAAUGUAAUCAAUGUCAUAAAGACUUUUCACAACAUAGUCAUCUCCAAAUACAUGAAAGAACACAUUCUGGAGAAAAACCCUAUAAAUGUAAUCUAUGUGGUAAAGCCUUUACAUGUGCCAAUAGUCUCCGAAGACAUGAAAGAACACAUUCUGGAGAGAAACCCUACAAAUGUAAUCAUUGUGAUAAAGCCUUUUCACAGCACAGUCAUCUUCACAUGCAUGAAAGAACACAUUCUGGAGAAAAACCUUACAAAUGUAAUCAAUGUGAUAAAGACUUUUCAUGUGUCAAUCAUCUCCAAAUACAUGAAAGAAUACAUACUGGAGAGAAACCCUAUAAAUGUAAUCAAUGUGGUAAAGCCUUUAUAUGUGCCAAUAGUCUCCGAAAACAUGAAAGAACACAUUCUGGAGAGAAACCUUACAAAUGUAAUCAAUGUGAUAAAAUCUUUUCACAACACAGUCAUCUUCAGAUGCAUGAAAGGACACACUCUGGAGAGAAACCCUACAAAUGUAAUCAAUGUGGUAAAGCCUUUUCACAAAACAGUUAUCUUCAGAUGCAUGAAAGAACACACUCUGGAGAGAAACACUACAAAUGUAAUAAAUGUGGUAAAGACUUUUCAUGUGUCAGUCAUCUCCAAAUACAUGAAAGAACACAUACUGGAGAGAAACCCUACAAAUGCAAUCAAUGUGAUAAAUCCUUUACACGAAACAGUAAUCUUCAGAUGCAUGAAAGAACACAUUCUGGGGAGAAACCCUACAAAUGUAAUCAAUGUGGUAAAGCCUUUGUAUGUGCCAAUAGUCUCCGAAGACAUGAAAGAACACAUACUGGAGAGAAACCUUACAAAUGUAAUCAAUGUGAGAAAGGCUUUUCACAACACAGUGCUCUCCAAACACAUAAAAGAACACAUACUGGAGAGAAACCCUACAAAUGUAAUCAAUGUGAUAAAGACUUCUCAAGACACAGUCAUCUCCAAAUACAUGAAAGAACACAUUCUGGAGAGAAACCCUACAAAUGUAAUCAAUGUGGUAAAGCCUUUUCACAACACAGUAAUCUUCAAAUGCAUGAAAGAACACAUUGCUGGAGCGAAACCCUCCAAAUGUAAUCAGUGUGGUAAGGACUUUUCACUACACAAUCAUCUCCGAAGACAUAAAAGAACACACUACUGGAGAGAAACUUUAUAAAUGUAAUCAGUGUGAUAAAGGCUUUGUUGUGCCCAUGUUGCAAGAACCCCAAGCAAGACCACCAGAGAGCCAAUAUCUGAUGCAAGUACAAAAGGGUUUGUUGAUAGUAAGCAAGCCCAGGCUUGUUCCUUGUCCAACACCCUGCCUAUGCAGGUGAAGGAGUAAGGCCCUGAGCUCUCAGAGUGAGGGGUUCUUAAAGGAAAAAAACCACAAGCUUGGGAGUACAAGCCUUUGCAUUUCAGAGUCAUACUUCAGUUAACAGGAACAUUUAGCCAAGAGAAGAACUACAGAAGACAAAAUAUCUUUGGAUACUUUCCCAGUACUAUUGGAGACUUUGAUGAAUUAAGCCUUUGUUUUAGCUAUUUCUUGGCCAGCAGCCUACCCACCCUGGGGAGUUGGGAUUCACCUUGACCGGAAUCUUAGCUUGGUAUUUAUGUCUCUGGAACUUGGUUCAGCUUUUGUCUUAGUAUUGCUAGAAAUGAAGUUUUCUUUAAAAUGGAAUUUGACUUGCUAUCUCAGCUUUCACAACAUGGUAAUCUUCAAAUGCAUGAAAAACAAAUUCUGGAGAAAAACCCUAUGUAUGUAAUCAAUGUGGUAAAGCCUUUGCAUGAAUCAGCAGUCUUUGAAAUCAUGAAAAAUCAUACUACAGGGAAAGCCUAUAAAUGUAGUGAGUGUACACUUUAUGUUAAUGUUUAUAUAAGAGUAAAACUUUUAGUGUGUAAUUGGUUUGUUAAAGCCUUUCAUUUUACAGUGGUCUUUAAGGACCUGAAAAACUAAUACUGAAGGAAAUUUUGUUAUAAAGGAUUUGAUAAGUUCUUUCCCAGUCUUAAUUCAGUUACACAAGAUUAUGCUGGAGAAAAAAACUGACAAGUUUCACCAAUCUCUUCAAGAAUUACGAUGUCCCUCUUUGUUUUGUUUGCACUUGUAAGUUCAUAUGGACAAAAGACAUGAAUUUAAAUAAUGAGGUAAUCCCUUUAUAUUCCACAGUUCUUUUAUUACAUGAAAUACAUAUCCAGUUGUAAAACUUAAUGUAUGUGUAUUAGUGCCUUUUCUGUUGCUGUGAUAGAGCAUUAUGCCUUAGUCAACUCAUGAGUGAGCCCUUGGUUGCAGAGGGAUGCAGGAUCACCAUGAAAGUGGCAUGGCAACAAGUGUCAAACAUGGCAGCUAAAGCAGAAAAUUAAAAACUCACAUCUUCCACCUGCAGCAUGAAUGUGAAAGUGGGAACUGGAAAUAGUGUGUGGAUGUGAACUCUCAUGCUCACUCCCAGGGACUUAUUUCUUCCAGCAGGGCACACAUUACCUAAAUCUUCUCAAAUGAUACCACCAACUGAGAAAGAAUGAUUUCUCUGACUGCAAACCUACAUGCUUGCUCUGCUUGCUUUCUGUUACAUAAAUCAGUUCAUGAUGAAGAAAAACUCUGUAAAUAAGCCUUUUGAUGCUUCAGCACCUGGGUUACAGUAAUAAAUACUUACAAGGGAAAAAAAUAUUGAGUGAAAAUCUGAUUAUUAAAAUACUUGUUUUAAUUUUAA